UAUCCUAGCAACAGAGACACACAUCCAGAAGGUGGGUCAGUGGUUUAAUUGAACGAGUAAUCGCAGUUUGGCUUUUAAAAAACAUUUUUAUAAUGAGGUUACUCAAACUCUUCAUCGCCAGCUGUUAUUAAGUAAAUUAGUAUCAUAAAGAUAAAUGUUACAGGCGUUUGUCUGGUUUAAUGUUAGUGAACGAGAGGAGAUGGAUGAAAGUUCACCUUGUCGUAUUUAUGUGGAAAGAACACUGGCCAUUAUUAAACCAGAUGCCAUCGACAAAGCUGAGGAGAUAGAGAGUAUUAUCCUCAAGUCGGGCUUCACCAUCCUGCAGAAGCGGAAGCUGCAGCUAAGUCCAGAGCAAUGCAGUGAUUUCUACGCAGAGGAGUAUGGAAAGCAUUUCUUCCCCAGCUUGACGGCCUUCAUGAGCUCUGGCCCCAUCAUUGCCUUGACGCUAGCACGCGACAAUGCUAUUGCCCACUGGAAGUCCAUCAUAGGACCUGUCAACAGUGCCAAGGCCAGAGAAACCCAUCCAGAGUGCCUUAGAGCAAAAUAUGGCACUUCUGAGCUACAAAAUGCCCUUCAUGGCAGCGAUUCAUUUCAAGCAGCUGUAAAGGAGAUCAAAUUCAUGUUCCCAAACUCUAUAAUUGAACCCUUACCCUCAAGAGAAGAAAAUGAAGAAUACCUGAGCAGGUAUAUAAACCCAGUUCUGCUACGCGGGCUCACUGAGCUCUGCAUGAACAAGCCACUCAACCCCAUUAUUUGGCUCGCAGACUGGCUCAUCAAAAACAACCCAGACCAACCUCAAAUAUGUGAAGCGGUCGUUGUGGAAGAAGACCAAUGAGAGGCAAACAGUGGGAAAAAGGAGCAACGAGCACAGAGUUUAAUGUCUUUCCUUUUGACUAAGAAAUGAAUCUGUUCAACGCUAUAAUGAAAUAAAUCAUAUUUUCAGUCGUAAGCAUCUGUUUGCUUUCUGGCAUAAAUCAGCAAUAGACUGGUGAUCUGAUUAGGUUCUACUUCGCUUCUCACCUAAGCCCCAGAAUUUGGGUUAGGAAAAUGGAUGGAUGAAUGAAAAUUAAAAUUCUUCUUAUCACUUAAAUAUAGACACAACUUCUUAACUUUUAACUAAAUACAUCAAAAAUGGCUGUGGCUCAGGAGGUAGAGUAGGUUAUUUGCUCACUAAAAGCAAACAAAAGUGUUUAGGCAUAGAAAAGGUGCUUGGUUGAAUUAAGCUUUCUUACUAGAAGAAAGAAAGCACUUUCUUACUGCUUGUAGUAAGGUUUGAACUCUCAAAGCACUUUCUAAGCAUUAAGAACAAUUCUUAUAAGUAAAGUUGUGUUAGUUUGUCCACUUACUUUCGAGCCUCUGAAAAUGGGGGACUGCCAUUCCUGAAGGGUCAUGCAACACUUUUGCCUAACCCCCUGAAAUAAAGCUGCACUGUCAUUUGAA